GCCUCACGUUUUUACAAUUAUAUUUUGGAAUAUUUAGAGCUCUUGGGGUAUGCGAUAAUUAUUUGGAUGUUUGCUGCAAACCGCCGGAUCUGCAGCCACCAUCCACGCCAAAACCAAUAGGUAGGAACGGAUGUGGACAGCGACAUGCUGAAGGAGUCGGCUUCAGGAUCACUGGUCAAACCGAUAAUGAGGCCCAAUUCGGCGAAUUUCCAUGGAUGGUGGCUAUUUUGAAAGAAGAGAAUAUCGGCAGCAAUGGCCAGAAAUUGAAUGUUUAUCAAUGUGGCGGAGCUCUUAUUCACAGGCAGGCCGUUCUCACUGCAGCUCACUGCGUCAAUGGGAAGCAGCCACAGGAGCUAAAAGUUCGUGCGGGAGAAUGGGACACGCAGACGAAGAACGAAAUCUAUCCGCAUCAAGACCGCGAAAUCGAGAAAGUCGUGGUUCACGAAGGCUUCCAUUCCGGUGCUCUCUACAACGAUUACGCUAUUCUGAUCCUGAAAACUCCAGUUGAGUACGCGGAGAACGUUGAUAUCAUAUGUCUCGCUGAAAUAAACGCAAACUUCGACGGAUCCAGAUGUUUCGCCAGCGGAUGGGGAAAAGACAUAUUCGGCAAAGAGGGACGUUACCAAGUGAUUUUAAAGAAAGUGGAGCUUCCCAUAGUACAACAAAAUACGUGUCAAGACAUUAUGCGUACCACCCGAUUGGGAAGAUACUUUCUCCUAGACAAAAGUUUUAUCUGCGCGGGUGGAGAAGCAGGAAAAGAUACCUGCAAGGGCGACGGUGGAAGUCCCCUCGUGUGUCCGCUAAGGAAUGAUCCGGCUAAAUACGUUCAAGCUGGUAUCGUAGCCUGGGGUCUUGGCUGCGGCGAGAAUGGAACUCCUGGCGUUUAUGCUAAUAUAGCCUAUGGUCGUCAAUGGAUUGACGAACAAAUGGCCUUCCACAAUUUGGACAACAGUGUUUAUCAGUAUCCCAACUGAUUGCUCCAUGUGCUAAUAUUUCUUUAACUUUAGCAGAUCACAAAUAAUUCCAUUAAUAUUUAAGUACUGAUUGUGAGUUCUUUUUACGUCAAAUAAUUCUACAUUGACGACAAAUGUAAUGUUUGAUACGCUUACGUUGAUAGUCGAUAUAGGAUUCCGUGAAUCUCUCUAUCUGCAUUCUUUUAUGUUUGUCACUUGAAUUAUGCAUUUAAAAGUGACUAUUGAUCUAUAUAUAUAUGACGAAAAACGAAUAACAUUGUAAAAAAUAAUAUGACAUUUUUUGUAUGUGACACACAAGCGAAUAAUACAUUUUUAUU